GUAUUACGUAAAUAUUAGUUUCUCACUUUCUAAGGGCAGCUUCAACGAACCAACAUCACACUAAACCCUAGAUCCUGAGAUUCCGAUGGACGAUUAUAGGCGCUUUCGGUCGAUCCCGGACGACCGCAAGUUCUGCUCAGUCUGCUCCAUGCUCCACUACCCCUUCUGCCCUCCGCCUCCGGCAUUCACCGGUGACAGCCUCCGCUGCCGACCCCCCGAUUUCUGUCCACCUCUUUUCGACCGCCCUUUAUACAACUCAUCACAGUCGAGCGGAGUGGAAUUAUUCCGGCCGCCUUCGUACCGACCGAUUUUUCUCCAAGAAGAGGCGAUUGAUCAGGAGAGUUUCCGGAAGAGGAUGCGGGUGGAAGAUCCGGAGAUCAGAGUUUUCCCUUACUUCCAGCCUUUAAAUCUAGGUUUGUCAGUGGAUGAUGAGCGGAGGUUGAAUCUGAUCCGCGAUCAUGGGAGGGAAGGUUCCACGCUGAUGCACGAUGAGCGUCAUUGGAAUAAUAAUAGCGAUUACCGGAUAGAUCGGGAUGAUCGCGAUCCGUUGCAGAAGCAUUUCGGUGGUGGUGGAAUUGAUCAUGGGUUAUCGGAAUCUGAAGUUUAUCAUCGUGAUGGACGUUACCAAGCUAAGGUUUACGAAGGAUAUCCGAAUCAGCCAAUAUGUAAUUCGAAUAGGGAAGAUAGGAGAGAUUUUAAUCGGAUGGAGUUUGGGCCUGAUAGAAGAGUGUCCUUUGAUGCACAAAUUGGGGGCGGCUUCUCGUACGGGCUAAAUGCUCAUCUAGACAGAAAUUCGCAGAUAUCUCGGUUUCGAGGACCUAACGAAAUUUUGACUGGUUCGCAAAACUUUGGAUCUGUUGUGCCAGGGGAGUCUUGUCUAAAGGAUUCAUGGAGGCCUUCCAAAGAUUAUGAAACUUCAGGAGUUGGAAACUUCCAUGAUCAGCAGCAGACUCCUUAUUCUACGAAUAAUGGUCACAACGCUUUACGAGUUGGAAACUUCCAUGAUCGGCAGCAGGCUCAUCCUAUGAUGAGUAGCUAUCCCCUUUUGCCAAAGCAACCUUCACAUCUUCAUAAUGAUGAUUAUCUAACUGCUCCUUAUCACCAAGACCAUGCUACUCAAAGUUACAUGGAAAGCAAAUCUGAGUUUUAUAAACAGCAGGGGGAAAUUAUGGGAAAUUGCUUAGACCACCGGCGUCCAAUUUCAGUUCAAUUUCAAAUACCUUCGGAUCCACAGACUUAUCCUGCUGUGGAGCAACUGGGUGCUCACGCUAAUAAACAUGCAGGCUAUACACCUACAGUGGUCGAAGUUAACCAUGCAAUGCGCACGUCCAUGCCAGAGCAUGGUCAUACUUCUCAAGCAUAUCCUCCUCUUCCACUACAGCCUCCUUUUCCCGAUGCUAACCAUGUGAUAGGCACAUCCAUGCCAGAUAAUGGGCAUACUUCUCAAGCCUAUCCUCCUGUUCCACUACAACCUCUUUUCCCUAUACAGACCGAGUCAUCUAUAUCAAGUCUCCAACCGUCAUCCUCUUCAUUAGCAACGAUUUCCAUUGUAGGUCCUGUUCAAGCGAACUCUUCAGCUAAGAGGCUGCUGUCAGUUUAUGGCUCUCAAACUUUGUCACAGGGAGAGUUUUAUAGCGAUCCUCCUGUGCAGGCAUCCAAUGGGUUAGCUAGUGAGGUAGUGGAAAGAGUUACUUGGCAAAAGCGAUACGAGAUAUUGAGGUUGAGAAUGGUGGAAAUGCGCCUCGAAUCCAUGCAAUGGAUGAUUACUUCAUGAUUGAAGUUGAAAAGAAGGACGAGGACAAUGAGGGGCUUAAAUCAUCCGGUUCUUUCAGAAGCAAGAAGCAGAUUACCAAGAAAGUGAUCGAGUAUUG